CAGCCCUGUUCCUGCUGGAUAUCUUCCAUCUCUGUGAUGAGGGCCCCAAGAUUUUCCCUAGGCAAGUGAUUGAUCCCUAAAGAAGUAGCUGACAUCUUUAAUGCCCCAAGUGAUGAUGAAGAGUUUUUGGGUUUCCAGGAUGAUGUUCCCAUGGAAACCCUGUCAGAAGAGAGCUGCGAUAGUUUUGACUUCUUGGAGUUGGAAAAACAGCAGGAUGUGUGUUUCCGUUCCAAAUACUUCACAGAAGAACUAAGAAGAAUUUUCAUAGAGGACACUGACUCAGAAACUGAAGACUUUGAAGGAUUCACACAGAGUGAGCUGAACACAGGCACUAACCCAGAGCUUGUGGAGUCAGAGCUGAGUGGCAAUGACAAAGCAUGUGCUCUGGAGAGUGAGGAAGAGGAGGAAGGUGAAGAAGAAAAGGCUGUACCCAGAAGAGGCAGACCCACAAGAAGCAGUUUUGGUCUUCGAGUAGCCUUUCAAUUCCCCACCAAGAAAUUGGCAAAAACACCAGAUAAAAGUAACUCUGAGCUGCUGUUUUCAAGCUCCCACUUAAAGGACAGCAAAACAAAUCUUGGAAGAGAGAAGAGCUGCAGACAAGCCAAGGAAAGGGACGAGUCUGCCUCUGAAUCUGAGGACGACUCCAGGGCCGAGAGCCAGGAGAAUGCGGAUGCUCUACUGAAGAGAACCAUGAACAUCAAGGAGAACAAGGCUAUGCUUGCUCAGUUGUUGGCGGAGUUGAACUCGGUACCAGAUUUCUUCCCUGUGCGAACCCCAACCUCAACUACUAAGAAGAAAACAGCACGACGAGCCUUCUCUGAGGGACAGAUCACAAGACGCAUGAACCCGACUCGGAGUGCACGGCCCCCAGAGAAGUUUGCUCUAGAAAAUUUCGCCUUCUCGGCCACCAAGUUUGCAGAAGAGUUUUAUAGUUUCAGAAGAAGGAAGACAAUUAAUGGGGGGAAAUGUCAGAGGUAUAGACGACGUCACCGUAUAUCUUCUUUUCGGUCUGUAGAGGAGAUCACUGAAGAAGACUUGGAAAAUGUUGCUAUAACUGUUCGAGAUAAAAUCUAUGAUAAAGUGCUGGGUAACACAUGCCAUCAGUGCCGGCAGAAGACCAUUGACACCAAGACAGUGUGUCGGAACCAGAGCUGUGGUGGUGUGCGGGGACAGUUCUGUGGGCCGUGCCUGCGGAAUCGCUAUGGGGAGGAUGUGCGGACAGCAUUGCUGGACCCGGAUUGGAUGUGUCCUCCCUGCCGUGGGAUCUGCAAUUGCAGUUACUGUCGGAAGCGUGAUGGGCGCUGCGCCACAGGGAUUCUCAUUCAUCUGGCCAAGUUUUAUGGUUAUGAUAACGUUAAGGAAUACCUGGAGAGCUUACAGAAGCAGCUGGUAAAUGAUAAGUAAGAGGAAAAAAACCCGGCCAACUUAUCAGAGUACUCCAACAAGACAUGUAUACCAUUUGUGCCUAAGACUUAGAGCUAUAGAGAAGUUUGUUUUGUAGAAUUUACUGUUUCU